AUGGCUCAGGACCUCCCGCCAUCCGGCGGCUACGAGCCCGUACAGUACAAGCGCAACCUCCCCGCGCGCGGUUUCCGCCCUUCCUACUACCUCUUCGCGAUGGGCCUCAUCUGCACCUACGGACUCUACAAAACCGGCAAGGGAAUCAGAGAGCAAAAUGAACUCGCUCGGGAGAAGAUGUGGGCACGCAUACACCUGAUACCCAUGCUUCAAGCGGAGGAGGACCGGGAUCUGGUGCGGCGGACGUGGGCUGACAAGGCGAGGGAGAAGGAGCUGAUGGGUGGGGAGUCGAAGGUCUAUCAUUCGGACAGAUUCGUUCGCCCUACGUAUACAAUCACGCCCAAGAACGUUACGAAGUAG